CUCCCUCUCUGUAGCCACCAGAUGUCGGGUCUUGAAGCAGCUGCGAGUAGAAAGUGCCCCCAUAGUCAAUAGGUUUGAUUAUGCUCAGUGUAAGAAGCUGGACAUGGAACAGGUCCUGGAUCAGAUACUGAAAAUGCCCCCUGAGAGGAACCGCAUCAUCUACAUGCGGCCUAUGCACCAGAUUGACUCUGUAGCACUGGAGCGUCAGCUCUUCCAGGGGCCCUAUCCCUAUCAUAUCGCUAUAGUACAUGAGUUCAGCAACCCUCCAAACAUACGCAACAAGGUUCGCAUUCGCAGCUGGAUGGACACCAUAGCCAACAUCAGCCAAGAGUUAAUCAAGUAUGAGUUCUUCCCGGAGGCCACCAGGACAGACGAGGAUGUGAAGAAGUAUCCCAAAUACCCCUGGGGCAGGGACAUCUAUACACUGGAGGGAGUGGUGGAUGGAGCUCCCUACAGCAUGAUAACAGACUUCCCCUGGCUGAGGACUCUGAGAGCAGCUGAUCCCAACAGCUACGCCCGCUAUGACUUUGAGGACGAUGAAAGCACCACCAUCUACGCCCCGCGGCGGAAAGGCCAGCUGUCAGCUGACAUCUGCAUGGAGACCAUCGGGGAAGAGAUCUCAGAGCGCCGGCAGAGCAAAAGAGGAGUGUUUCAGAGAGUGGUGGUCCUCUUCCUCCAUCACUGUGAUACGCCAGGAGAGCCUGUGGACGAUGACUACAUCUAGACUCCACAAACCCCUCCUCUGUCAUCACGUGCAGAGGGGUCCCAGCAGAUGACAGGCUUGCUGCAGCACCGCCUGAGCUCCUGACUGUGGAUACCCAGAGCGAGACAUGUGUAAUCUGCAGGUCAGAGCUGUGUUCUUGCACACUGACGUGCACAUGAUAUCUCAGCUAGCUUCAUGGAGAAGGAAUAAUUGCAGGUGAGGGCACCGGGAGGCGCUGCCAAAGAUGAAUGGGAGUGGCCAAAACCUUUAAGUUCCAUGAGGGAAAAUACAUUUAGGAUUUUGAAAACAUUUGGAGAAGAUUCAUCACACAUAUGAUUUUCUAAUUAUUUAGGCAAAAUCCUAAGGCAUGUAAAAGCAGGAGCGCCCUAGCAUACUGUCAAAUCCUCAAAUAAAAGCAGAGUAAAUGGACAAAAACAUUGAGGUGGUGAAAAUUACAGCUCAAAUAGUAAAUUCAGCAGAAAGUACAUUUUCAUUUAGUCUAUGAAAACAUUAGCUGCUUAGGAAUAAAGGCCUGGCUCUUCAUGCUGCUUUUCUUGUCUAUCAUGUUAGCCCUGAGAACACAUGCAGAGAAGGACGGUGCUGCAGUGUCGGUCUGAUCUUUCUUCUGUCCAGUCUGCCUACCUCUGUUCCACAUGUGACCAAUCAGACAGAAAUGGCCUUAGACACAAAUGUCAAAGAAAAUAUGCUUUUUCUUUCGGUUUUAAGUUUCCCUUUGGAGUACAUUUGUUUCCGUGAACAUGCAGAAGCGUUGAUGGCUCUUGCUGGUGGACGGUAUGUGUUGUGGUUUUGCAUUUUACCUCAGCAAGCACUAAAUGGAAAAGAGAUGUUCAGACCAUAUGGAGAGGGAGAAAUAUGGAGCAGUUGUGGAUUAACAUCCCUGCAGCUGCUUUUCUUGAAGUGUCAGUCCUCCUCACAUGUUAGGCCUAUUGGAUAAAGACUGCCAGGGAGCCAGACUUUAUAAAGACUCAGAUUAACUUAAUUCUCACUCAACCAGCCUGACCUGCAAACAAAUUACAACACUUCCAUGCAAAUGUAGCGUGCCAUGAUGAGAUGCUGCAGUUACCACUCACUAAGCAGCAUAAAGGGAACUUGGAGAGAAAUAUCCAGUUGUGAGUUGCUCAUCACAAGCAGGUUAAAUACACAGGGUGACUGCCCAGAGGACAGCUGAGGCGAGACGUCGGCAGUGUCCGCUCGCAAUCAUGAUCACAGUGAAAUUACACUAUCUGUAUGACACACAUGACAUCUUCCUGGGUGGCCGGCCAUGCAGAUGAUGCAGCUUUGUUUUUUUGGCAAGUUUAAAAAAAGUGAGGACUAGUACCAUGUGGGAAAAUGUACGUGUGAAAUUUGAGUAAGAGUUUGAAUUCUGAGAAUAAAUGCAGAAUUCUUAACUUGUUCUCCAUUCAUUCAUUUUUCUAUGUGGCUCUAUUCUAUUCCCAUCUCAGUCAUUGUUGUCAUACAUGAACUCAUCAGCUGAGGAUAAUCUGACAAACACAUGCCGAACGCUCAAGAGGCUCUUCUCUAAUGACUGCACACGUCGUAAUGUCGUAGGAAGCUGCUGACUGCUCAGCCUUCUCCUUCUCCAAGUCUGUGUGAUGUCUGUCGUGGAUUGAAAUAUUCUGACAGAUGGUGAUGGUCCUAUCUAAAGUAUCCUGGGCUCAGCCCUCAGCCUCUUUACUAUAAGGAGGUGUAACAUGAAGUGCACCUGUUAAAGCCUUGAGAAAUGCCUUUUGCUCCAGCUUUUUGAAGGAGUCAGAACUGGUUUGCUUGGAAAGGAUUUCAUUGGUCAUUUAUUUGGCCAGCUCUGCCCUGUAUGACUGCAGACUGACUGUUCUGGGGUCAGGAUGUGGGUUCUCCUCAAAUAUGGCAAAGGGUUUGGGUUGAGAAAGGUGAACUCACAGUGAAUGUUUAAAAUUGAGUUUGCAGAGUCCAGCCUUCUGUUUGUGUAUUGUGUACAGAUGUCAUGGAUGACCACAUGCUUCCAUGGUGUUUAUAUGUUUAUAAGGAAAGAACAAGACUAUUUCACAUACUGAAAAAUAAAAUAACAUGGAAAUAA